UGUAUGCAAUCCGCCUACAAGCUGAGAAAAUAGUGCCAACCGCUGCAAAAAUCCGGGCAUUGCGGUUGCUACUUCGCAUCUCCUCAACAUGAGUAGAGCACUCCUUCGCUCCGUGCUGGAGCUUAGGGCUCCCAGCUCCCGCAUCGCCCCUCUAUUCGCUCCGUUUCGUCACAUCCAGCAUCGAAGCUUCAACUCCACGGCGCCAAUUGUCGAGCCCGUUGCGCAGUUUCACGUCAACAAUGCCCCCAAUCCCACCGAGGAUCAAGUCCGACCCCUGGCCUUCAAAAAGAGUCACCCUGUCGAGCCUCCCACGCCAAUCACCGACUCCGUCAAGACGCUUCUGCCCCUCCUCGCCGCCCAGCCCGGCCACUACAUCACCAUCCACAUCCACGGCUUCCCGUAUCUAGUCCAGGAGGGCGACCAGAUUCGUCUGCCGUUCAAGAUGCCCGGUGUUCUCCCUGGAGACGUGCUGCGCCUGAAUCGUGCCAGCAUCAUCGGCAGCAGAGAUUACACUUUGAAGGGCGCUCCCCACGUCGACGAGAGGGUGUUUGAGUGCCGUGCGACUGUUCUGGGGACCGAGUCAGAGCCGCUGCGGAUCAAGAUUAAGACGAAGCGGAGACAGAGGAGAAAGCGUCAGGCUAAGAGCAAGCAUCGAUAUACCAUCUUGCGCAUCUCUGAGCUGAACAUUAAGAAUCUGGAUGAGGUUGAGGCUUCCUCAUGAAGUCUAGUUUGGUAACAAUUUUGGAAAUGGAAAUGAAAUGAGGCGAGGGAGAAAAAGCCAAAGCGAAAGUUUUGAUGAGCAAUGUUACGACGCUCCAAGGCAAAAUGUAUCAUCUAGCGCCCAGCAUAUACGUAUAUGGCUGGCUGUACAAUACCAAGAAGAAAGAAAAGGAUAUAAAAACAAUAAAGGCAGCAGCACAAAAGCACCAAUUAGAACAAAUAUCUGAUCAAGAGGAAAUCAUGCAAAAAACGUCAUGAUA